CAAGGCGUUCAGUCGCUUUGGCUUUUCUUCCGCGCAACCGGAUCUCUCCGUUCGUUUGCUCCUCACCCAAUCGGCUUCUGACAUUAUCCACACCAAGUUUCAUUCGUAAUUUUGUUCGACACACACUGUCCGCUUUUUUUGCGAAACAUCGCGCCAAUUUUCAAAUGUUUGCCUGUCUACGUUCAACGUGUUGGCUGUUCAUUUUUGCUCAACUGUCAACGAAACCUUAACACGCGUGCAUUUUGUUCUUGUUUUUUUUUUUUUGCCCUACAUGUUCAUCUCCCGAAGGGCAAGUCAACAGCAGAAGUUACUUCUUUUUCUUUAUUUUAUUUUAUUUUUUUUUUUACAUUUUUCGUGCGUGUCUCGACGACUCAAGAGGAUCGCCUCAACAAAAAGUGAUCCAGUGGUGUUAUCGCCUGCAGUUCAACGCGCAGCAACAAGAUCAAAAAAAAAAAAAAAAAGAAAAUAAAAAAGGAAAAGUGUAUCUUUUAAAAAGUCGUGUUGGUUAGGCGAAGAAGUCUUUCCUACGUAGACGUAUUACGUAGUUUAGAAAUUUUCUUCAAAAAAAAAAAAAAAAAGAAAGGCACAUCAUCAGCAAUGCACAACAACGUCAACAAUAUGGCGGUGCCUAGCGGCCUGCAACAGCAGGUGGCCGACGCUAAUAAAACGAAGAGAACGCGGGCAAAUCACGAGCCCGGAUUGUACGACCUGCCCAGUUUUUAUAGUUCGGAUUAUGUUGCCCGGACCGACAUUCCGAUCGAGACGGGAGCCGAUCUGUCCGCGAGGACGAACGACGCAUCGUUCAGGACGAGCACGACGGACGGUCCGUCUAAAGAAGAUUCGGAAUCAGGUGGUCGUCAAGCAACAGACGCGUCCAAUCACGAAGGACUUCACGGCAACAAAUGCGUCUCCUUCCUGGCCCUGGUGGCCGGACUGGCGGCUUUCGGCUGUUCCCUGGCCGCUCUGGCCGGCACCACCAACUGGGUGGAUACGUGGGAACCCAUCGACUUGCCGCCCACUCAAGACUGGCCGCUCUUGUUUGGAACGGGUUACGGCAGUUUGAUUCCCAGCCGUUCCAAAACAUCGACUCAAUCGAGAUCUUCAUCGUCCCUCACGACGAAAGCAACGGCCGCAGGUUUCGCCACCAGUCGUCCAGACCUGGCGGCCAAAUCGAACUGGGAGCGUCCGUCUGGCCACGCGAUGGAGAACGCGACGGUCAGCCCGUCGUUAUCAGCUGGAACGAGCCGGCCAGCGACGACGGUAGCGCUGACGCGGCCACCCGUCGUCGAAGACGACGAUGAAUUCGAUUACGACGAUGACGAUGACUAUUACGCUCAAGACGAAGGCCGGCAGCCGAUGGAUGAUGAAGUGGUCAUGUUGCGUCAAGAAGAACAAGACGAAGACGAUGAAGAAGUUGGCGCCGACGGCCAGCAGCACAUGAGGCGCGCGUUGAUUGUCGUCUUCCACGUCGGACUCUUUCGUGCCUGUCCAGUCCUCAAGGGGGAACUGCCCUCCAGUGUCGUGUUGCCGAAUUUGCCGUGCGCUCCGCUCGAAUACAUCAACUGGCGGCCAUUGACUGGCCUCAGCUUCCGCUUAUGGAGGAACGUUGAAUACACACCUGAUUUCCUCAACAAACUCAGGUACGCUACACCUUGUUUUAUGCUGGGCACUUUCAUUGGAUUGGUGGCUGUCAUCAUCGCCAUUGGAGGACGUUGUACCGGUCCCGAUCGAACUCUGAUUUGCAGCUCAUUACACAUUUUAGCAGGCUUGUCUCUCGGGAGCGGAUUGAUCAUCUUCGUGUCCGUCCUGCACGAGGAGUUCAGCCUGCCUUCGCUGCGAUCAUCGCGCCACUCGGUUGGGUGGCCAUCCGUCUCUUUAUCUCAGCGUUCCUAUAACGGAGGAGAAGCAGCAGCUGGACCAGCUGCUGGAAGUGCUUUGUACUCGGACAGCAGGAGCUUAUUGACCGCCACGAUUGCGACGACGACGGCAGGACAAUCAGCCGCAAGUAGCGGACUCGUCUCCGCCGCGUUGGUUCCAUCCUUCCGCUACGGUUGGUCAUUUUACGCAGCGCUGGCCGCGUUCGUCGCCUCCGAAUUAGCCGCCGCCGUUUACAUCAUUUUGCACACGCACAUAUUCAAAUGGGCCAGUCGGACUAGAGCGGCAGCGGAAGCCGCAGCCAUUUCAUCCGCUAAAUUGCUGAUGACAACCAACGCAGGCCCGUCAUCCGGCGGAUCCUCUUCUAGCAAAGAAAUCGGCAUCCAAACUUCACCGCUCUCUUCCGCUUCGCUUCUAAUGAUGAUGGAAAAGCGUUCGAUCGAAGCUCCCAGUCCGACGUCUUCAGCCAUCGCUGACGUCACGCACCAUCACAACCAACAAAUGCACGUGCCCUAUUGCGAUUUGCUGACUAUGGGGCAUGGCCGAUCUGUUCUCCACGAAGAAUUUGAUCGAGAUCCGGAUGUACCGCCGUUUCUUGCUGCCGGCGCGGGAAACAGGCCCAGUCCCAUGCAUAUUAACAACACGGAAUGCGAUGCUACUAUGCAACAAGGGCGAGACUGCACUUGCCAAAUUCACUACGCCACAUGUCACAGGCCAAAGAUGCGCGAAGCUAGUAAACACGUCGCUGGUAUUCACAGAGCGUCGACUAUGCCACGCAAAGUCGCCUUCGCUGGAGAUCUGACGAGCGUUUAUCAGCAAACUCCAUUGUGACACAUUAACCGUUUUGACAUUGUCUCCCAUCCUGAGUGUAUAUUGUGUAUGAUUUGUCUUCAAUCAAUAAACGGAUAUUAAUAAAAU